UAAUUAAUAUAUUUUCAAGAAACAAUGUGUUAUUAAAUAACUAAUUUAAUAUCAUUUAUAAAGGCAAUAUUUUUUAAAUAUUAAUUUUAAAUUUUUUAUAAUUAAAUUUUAUUUUUAAAUUAAACUGACUGUGUAAUUACACUUGUGCAACCAAACAGCACGCUUGUAAUUACACUGUAAUUACGUUAUGACAAACAAACAGGUCGUUGUAAUUACACUACUGUGUAAUUACUAGGCUGUGUAAUUACUACCCUAGUAAUUACACCAAUUCCAAUUACCAGGUGGCUUUCCAAACAGGCCCUUAUUUUCUUCCCCUUUUUUCACUUGGCUUUGGACUAGAAAGUCACCAGUAAACCAAGUCAUCAAAGAAGAAGAAUAGUCAACUCAAUAUACUGCUUUUCAACUUUGGUAAAAAUUGCCAUCAUGUAGUUAAAGAUGUACAAGAGGCUGGUGGGCUUUGAGUGAAUCUUAUUUUGCAAUAGUAACAGGAAAAUGUCAUUAAAUUCAAAGAAAGGAUGGAAAUCGUGCACGCCCCUCCGUCUGAAGAACAAAUCAUCAGCGUAUUUUUGUUUGCUUCCCAAAACAAAGUCGGAUCGUUUUGAUCCUGAUGAGACACCGGUUUGUCUCAAUGUGUAUGACUUGACACCUAUGAAUAACUAUGUCUACUGGGCUGGCUUUGGUAUCUUCCAUUCUGGUGUUGAAGUUCAUGGUGUAGAAUACGCAUUUGGAGCUCAUGAUUACCCGACCAGUGGUGUAUUUGAAGUUGAACCGCGGCAAUGUCCUGGAUUUAAGUUUAGGAAGUCAAUAUUUAUUGGUACUACAAAGUUGGAUCCGAAUCAGGUUAGAGAGUUUAUUGAACAUCAAGCUGCUGCCUAUAACGGUGACUCGUAUCACUUGAUUGUGAAGAACUGCAACCAUUUUUGCAAGGAUAUAUGCUACAAGCUGACCGGGAAAAAGAUUCCUAAAUGGGUGAACCGUCUUGCAAAAUUAGGUUCAGCAUUCAACUGCAUGUUACCUGAUGCUUUAAAAGUUGCUGCUGUCGAAGACGAACCAAAUGGCCCAGAAUAUGUCAGUGAGAAGAGAAGGCUGAGAAGUGCUUUCAGUUGUCUCUCUUCAAUUUCAACAAGACAGCAGAAGUUAUCGACAUCUUCAGUAUUUCUACAGUCACCCCUCAAAGGCUGCUUACCUUCUUUGGAGUUGAGAAAAUCCACGAAUCGCUCUUCAAAGAAAAAGUAAAGAAAAUUUAUGGAGGCUCCCCAUGUAUUUUUGGAAAACUACGAAAUGAUGAGAUUAACAUUCUUUAAGAAGGUAUACUAGUUGUAAUAUGGCAUUGCAAUUUCCCUGCCUUGUUUGAUCCCUUAUCUUUUGAGUAAUUUCUGCCUCCUCCAUCGAUUGAUCAUCCGAGCAUGCCUCUAUAGAGAGGCGAAACACUGAUUUCUCUUCUCAAGAGAAACGUCUAUCAAUUGAUACCUAUUCAUUCGGUCAAAGUCUCCACUUUUGACGGCGUUCUACUUGGAGAUGCAACAUGUUGAGAAAUGAGCAAUCCCUUGGAGCUGCAUAUCUGCAUUCAAGUCUAGUGAUAUGCUGGGAUGAUAUAUUAUAUAUGCCUUGUCUCUGCCACAUGAAGAUAUCCAGUUACACGAAGUUGUGCUCUUUUACAGUUUAGGCUUCUAUUACUUUUUACUGCGGAAUGUUGCAAGUGUCCUACCAUAUCAACUGUAAGUUGUUAAUAAUUGUUUAUGCUGUUAGGCUUGCGUUAUAUGUUCUUAAAGAAUUAAAUAGAAGAAAAGGUGAGUUCAAAAGAUCAA